AUGGCAUCAAAGUCGAAGAAACUAUUUGAGAUUGAGGAGAAAGCCUUUGGAAAAUUGACUAGGGUUCUUUCAAUUGAUGGCGGUGGCGUUAGAGGAAUAAUCCCAGCACUUAUUCUUGAUUUUCUUGAAUCAGAGCUUCAGAAAUUGGACGGUGAUGAAGCGAGGAUUGCAGAUUAUUUCGAUAUAAUUGCUGGUACAGAAACCGGCAGCGUGACUACUGCAAUGCUUACUGCCCCAAAACUAAAUAAUAAUCGCCCGUUGUUAUCUGCAAAAGAUAUCAAAGAAUUCUACAUUGAGCACUGCCCUAAUAUUUUCUCCAAGAGAAAUAAUGUGUUUAGCCGUGCUGCAAAGAUGGUUAAAUCUUUUUCCGGGGCAAAAUACGAUGGCAAAUAUCUCCAUUCUCUUCUCAAGGAGAAACUCGGGGACACAAAGUUGCAUGAGACUCUAACUGAUAUUGUGGUUCCUACUUUUGAUAUCAUCACAAGUGAAGAAGAAUAA